AUGCUCGAUAUUCGCCUGAUCCGUGACAACCCCGCCGCUUUGGACGAUGCGCUGAAAAAGCGUGGCGCUGAGCCAGCUUCUUCCGAUAUCUUGAAGCUGGACGAUGCGCGCCGCGAGCAUCUGACAAAACUUCAGGACGCGCAAAGCGCACGCAACACGGCCUCCAAAGCCAUCGGCAAGGCAAAGGCGAGCGGCGACGAGGCUGAAGCGGCGCGCCUGAUUGAGGAAGUCGCCAAGCACAAAGCCUUCAUUCAGGACGGCGAAGAGGAAGAGCGCCGUCUGACGGAUGCUCUGGAAACCGCACUGGCCAGUCUGCCUAACAUUCCACUGGAUGACGUCCCGGUUGGGUCUGACGAAGAUGCCAAUGUUGAGCUGCGCAAGGCUGGCACCAAAACGAUCCCCGAUUUUGAGGCCAAAGAGCAUUUCGAACUUGGUGAGGCGAUGGGCCUUAUGGAUUUCGAAACGGCUGCCAAGCUUUCCGGCUCGCGCUUUUGCGUGAUGAAAGGCGCAUUGGCCAAGCUGGAACGCGCACUUGGCCAGUUCAUGCUGAACACGCAGACCGGCAAGAACGGAUAUCUGGAAAUCGCGCCGCCCUUGCUGGUGCGCGAUGAAGCGAUGUUUGGCACCGGGCAAUUACCAAAGUUUGCCGAUGAUCUUUUCCGCACUGCCAAAGACGAAGACGACGGCGAAAACAGCUCCACGCUGUGGAUGGUGCCGACAGCCGAGGUGCCGCUCACCAAUCUUGUCCGCGAGAGCAUCGUCGAUGCCGAAACACUGCCACAUCGGCUAACGGCGUUAACCCCCUGCUUCCGAGCAGAGGCAGGGUCUGCAGGUCGCGAUACCAAAGGCUAUCUGCGCCAGCAUCAGUUCAAUAAGGUUGAGAUGGUGUCGAUCACCCAUCCUGAUGAAAGCGAUGCUGAGCUGGAGCGCAUGACCGCCUGUGCCGAAGGCGUGCUGACCGAUCUGGGCCUACACAUCCGCACCAUGGUGCUUUGCAGUGGCGACAUGGGCUUUGGCGCACGCAAGACCUACGACAUUGAGGUGUGGUUGCCCGGGCAGGGCAAAUACCGUGAGAUUUCCAGCUGUUCCACCUGUGGCGAUUUCCAAGCCCGGCGCAUGAAUGCGCGUUAUCGCGAUGACAAUGGCAAACCGCAGUUCGUCCACACGCUCAACGGCUCAGGCGUUGCGCUCGGUCGCGCACUGAUCGCGGUAAUGGAAACCUAUCAAACGGAAGAUGGUGGCGUUGGCAUCCCUGAGGUGCUGCUGCCCUAUAUGGGCGGCACGACGUUUAUCACCGCCGAUGGGCAAGAGGUUACCUGA